ACUCUGCAAGGACGCAGUGGCUUUGUUAACAGCAUUAUCUUCUCCCCUGAUGGUAAAACGCUAGCCUCUGCGUCGGAUGAUUGUACUGUCCGAGUGUGGGAUAUGUCUUCGACCAAGACAAAACGAGUGUAUACCGGCCAUGUUGGCGGAGUAAAGCAGAUAGCCUUUUCACCUGAUGGUAAUGGGAUUGUUUCUGCAUCAUCCGACCAUAGCUCUGGAACAGCGAAUCCCGUCACGGAGGACUCUCUGCGGAUGAUUGGCAUUCAUUCCACAGAGGUUGUGGCGGCGAUUUAUUCUCCCAACGGGCAGAUGAUCGCAACAGCAUCACCAAGUAAAGUUCGAAAAUAUAGUGCACAGUCCUUAAGCAAGCGAAAGUCACGAAUGACGGACUGGACUAUAAAUUGCCUAGCUUUUAGCCCGGACAACGCCUUAUUGUAUGCCGGCACAAGAGACGGACUUGUAAUGACCUUCACAACGACUAAGCUGGAAGUGAACAGUCGGGUUCGUGCCCGUAAAAACUCCAUCAAUGCGUUGAAGUACUCUCCUGACGGAGAGAUAUUUGCCACAGCAUCUGCAGAUCACACUAUCAGAUUGUGGGAACCUGGCAAGAGUAGUCAUUUGAAAGAGCUAGACGGUCAUUCCGCUGAGGUUAAUACAGUGACUUUCUCGCCAGAUGGGCUUCUGAUAGCAUCGGGUGACACCGGUGGCAAUAUCUGGAUAUGGGACCGCGAGGCUGGUGUGAGAUUGCAAAGACUGCGGUGGAAUCACCUCCGAGUUACAUCCUUGGACUUUUCCCCAUAUCUACCUCUUCUAGUCUGUGCGUUCAAGGAUAGGACCAUCCAGGUG